AUGCGUUACAGUACUAUAUUCCAACAUUUGAGGAAACCUUUAUACAUUACUCAUGUAGCUAAAAUAAGACUUACUAACAUAUCUUGCCCAAACUCAUUGUCCGAUGCUGAAUACGAGCGUGUGUCUACGAAAACUCUGGAGUUACUAGCAGACUCUUUUGAACAACUUCCGGAACGCUUUGCGUUAAACAAAGAGUAUGAUGUCGAACACGCCUAUGGUGUUUUAAAGAUCACUUUUGGUCCUCAAGUUGGUACUUAUAUUAUUAAUCGUCAGGCCCCAAACAAGCAGUUAUGGCUUUCUUCUCCUCAAAGUGGCCCUAAACGUUACGAUUAUAUUCCGUCGAUGCGUCUGUGGAUCUAUAAACAUGAUGGAAAGUCUCUUCAUUCUCUUCUCAGCGAAGAGAUCUCUGCCAUCGUAGGUGGUCCUGUAGAGUUUCAAACCUGA